CUGGAGAGCCCUGCACGCACGCAGCUCCGCGCGUCGCCAUACCAGGAAGCCUGCGCCUCAGUGACGUUCAUUCUCGAUCAGGUCUCGUAGAGACCUUUGUUUUGCAUCGCUUCCCAAUUUGCAUUUGUUUCUCAGGUUUUACAUACGACGCUUCAGCCGCUGAAAAAUUCCCCGCGCAAAGGCGCAUACCUCAGCGAAAGUACGUUCCCAUUUCCAGAAUUCCACCGUUUAAAAUCUCCUGGAAAAUUGAAUAAUUCGAACGGUCGCGAGCUGAAAGAAGAAAAUUACAUGUAUUCGCCCAGCGCUUCAGACAUCCACUCGCAGAGACACGUGCGAUAGAGGUAAACAGCCGCCUGCGUCGCGAAAGAUUAGCAAAUUCCACUUCGCACUGUCGAUUUCAGAGGAGAUACAGUAGCUGCUGUUUGCGUCUCGGGUUAGUUAAUACAGCAUGUCUGAUGUAUUGCCGUAUAACGAGGAAAAAAUGACUCAUUAUGGCAACGACGGGGACGAGGAACACCUUUCCUUUACCUGCCGCCUCCAAGACACCAACAACUUUUUCAGUGGUAAUCAGAAUAAACGACCACCAAAGCUCGGGCAGAUUGGGAGAAGCAAAAGAGUCAAUGAAGAAGACAACGAUGGCGAAGCAUUGGAAAAGAGCACAGAGAAAUCAUCCUCAUCGGCAUGAAUGGAUCCAAAGACACUUAACCUCUGAUGUGUAUAUCCAAAGACGUUGUGAAGAGGCACACUCUCCCAUCUGGCAACAAGCACUCCACACAUUCUCCUUUCAAUCUCCCUAACUCCAUUGUCCAGGUUUUAUAGACUGACAGUACAGUGGACUGAAGCAGCAGUCCAGAAGAAUGGCCCAAGGGCUUGAAGGAAUACUGUUUUCCAAACUACUCCGAGAUAUGUGCAAUGACAGAGUUUGGUCUCAUUAAAGAGACUGGCCUCUACAUUUUGGUUAUUAUGAAGCAAUUAGACUGUGCAAAGAAUACCACUAACAUCAGACCAGUAUCUUCCCCCUAACUGUGUUUGCGCAUGGUUAACCAAGUAGCCUACUGGUGGUGUUAAUGGUAUUAAAGCAAUGUUGUCCUUUCUUCCACAGUUGACCUCCAAAGGGGUUCCACUAUUAAUGUAAAAAAGCUAUUUAUUAAAUCUUUGGAUACGUAUUUUGCAGUGUUAAAGGUUGAGCAAACGUUUUAUAGAGAAUGAUGACCAGAAGUGAUUUUGCUUUUGAUGAAUGUUUUGUAUGUAGCUUAACUGUGAUUCUUGUGAUCUGCUUUUCUUCUUUAUGGAAAUUACAUUUCAUUCAUUUUGAUGUUCGUUUGCUAACGGGUUAAAUCCAGAAUGUCAGUUUAAGGAAAGUUGCAUUAUUAUUGUAAAGCAUAUUUUCUGUAGAUGUGCCAAAUUAUCCUGACGGAAAUAUAUAUUUCUGUGCUUUCUUCACGUGCACAGUUUUAUUCAUAUUUGGUGGUCAUGUUUACAGGGCUCUUUCAUACUCGUGUUGUAUUCUCGUCAUGCAUGACAAACCUCAAGACCUCAAGAACGUCUUCUUGAUUAUGGAUAAUGUAUUUAUCUUACAGAACAUUUCUACAGAAUAUCUGUUAUAAUAAAGAUUUUGAGAAACAUUAA